AUGCGAUCACCAAUUGCAGAAACAGUAGAAGCAACCUGUUGUGUGAUGAGAUACGACAUCGAUAAGGAUGAGGAUAUCAUGGCUAUGCGCGUGACUUCGGAAAACUAUAUUGUUUUUAUGCCUAAAAGGUACCGACGACAUACGUUAAAGCUUUUGAAAGAAAUCCGAGCUUAUGGAGUGAAGAGAUACUUUGAUGGCAAUAUCAAUGGACUCGGCAGACUUCGCGGUCACAUUGCACGACAAAAUCCUCAAGCAAAAGCCAUUAUCGAAAGCCGCACAGCAGUCUCUGAGUCAUCGACAGCAAAUGUCCUCGAGCACGACGUUCUUGUGUUAUUCAAUGGACCGGUUCAUCACUAUGUGACACCAAAAUUCUAUAAGCAAACCAAACCUGAUACUGGAAAGGUAGUUCCUACCUGGGAUUACGAAGCUGUGGAGGUGUAUGGCAGAGCGAAAGUUUACUACGAUGCAAAGUCAACCGAAUCUGGAGUUUUUCUUGCAAAGCAGAUAUCGGAUCUAUCUGACCAUAUGGAGACAUCGAUAAUGGGUUAUGGAAAGACUCCUGGGACAUACCCAUGGAAAGUGACGGAUGCACCCGAACGGUAUAUUGAGUUACUCUCGAAAAACAUCAUUGGCAUGGAGAUUGAGAUUACUUCUAUUGCAGGAAGGUUCAAGUGGAGUCAGGAGAAGCCUGUUAAAGACAGAGAUGGUCUCGUUGAAGGGUUCAAAAAUCUAGAUACGCAUGAUGGUGCGUUGCUAUCGGACAAGGUUAGGGAUCACGCCACUCUUUUUGAUGCCAAAAAAGCUGCGAGUACUCAAAUGACGACUAUUCUUAAGUAA